AUGAAUUGCCUCUGCAGAAGAAAAAAAAGGUGUUCGUACCAGAGUCACGGGGGCAGCGACAAGAACGGCGCCGGGGGCAGCGGGCGUGACGUCAAUGCCGUGAAACCGGACGCUAACCAAUACUCUGGGCCGCAAUUCGACCCGGAAACGCCCAGGAACGUGACGGCGCUGGAAGGAAAAUCGGCGUAUUUGACAUGCAAAGUCAAGAGUUUGGACAACAAAACGGUGUCGUGGAUAAGGCACAGAGACAUACACAUACUGACGGUGGGCGCGUACACGUACACCAGUGACCAGCGGUUCCAAGCCAUUCACCACAGGUCACACUCGGACCAAUGGACGUUGCACAUCAAAUGGGCUCAGAAGAGAGACGCAGGCAUUUACGAGUGCCAAGUGAGCACGCAACCGGUGAGAAGCAUAUUCGUCACGCUGAACGUCGUCGACGAUAAACCGCCGCCCUCGGACAGCGACGAUAGUUUACUAGACAUGAUGAUAAGAGACGGAGACUUUACAAAAGUGCCGUCUGCUUCGAUUUCCGGUGGUCCGGACAUUCACGUGAACGAAGGCAGUACCAUUAAUCUGACGUGCGUCGUGAAGUUCAGCCCUGAGCCGCCGUCUUACAUCUUCUGGUACCAUUACGACGAGGUGAUCAGCUACGAUUCGGUUCGCGGUGGCGUUAGCGUGGUCACAGAAAAGGGAGACGUGACGGUCAGUUACCUGCUCAUACAGGAUGCGGUGCAAGCUGAUUCUGGCAAGUACACGUGCAAUCCGUCGAACGCAGACUUGUCCAGCGUGGUCGUACACGUCCUAAACGGCGAGAGUCCUGCGGCCAUGCAGACCGGUUCGGCCGGCUUAUCCAACAGUUCCAUCACGAUACUGUGCGUGAUGAUCCUGAGCUGGACGUUCACCAGGACCGACGAUCAGCUGAGAUAA